AGCCAUCACAUUUUUGUUGGAUACAUUGCAUGUCUAAUCUCAGUUUUCAGGCACACCAACAUUGACGCUAUAUACAGAGAGCCGCUGCAUCUGGAUCUUACACAGUUUGGACCAUUCCUGUUCCUCCGUGUUAUAUUCGACUUUUGCUGUGAUUUAAGCUUGUCCAAUCACUUUUGGAGGUCUCUAUUCCUAUAUAAACUGGAUACACCGCUGCUGUCUCUAGUAUGUGUUAUCUGGAAGCUCGGCAUCUUGGACCUGUUUUCUCUUCCGGAUGUGCCAUUGUGGCAUGUUAUAAGAAUAUUUAAUGCUAGUUCGUGGAGUUGUUUAAUCGAUUCAAUUCACGUUUCGCACUUGUCACUCACGUCAUAUACCUUUAUCACGAGGAAGGGCUUGUUCACCACGCUUUAGAUGUAUUCAAGCUAGCCCUUAAUCAAAGCAUUAAUUGGUCUAGUACCACACAAACAAGCAUUGGUAUAUCUAUAGUCCCAUUGAGGCUCUGCAUGUUCUUUUUUUUACGUCGGUUGUACCGAGGUUGUAUGAUUGACUUCAAGUGCGCUAUUGAUAUUUAACAUUUUUUGAACGAAGUAUUAAGGUAGAUUACAAGCUAACUUGGGGGUUACUUAGAGUCUGUCUUUAGAAACGGCUUUAAAGACUGAGAUUUGUCAUCCAUUCACUGGGAGCUGAUUCAAAGAGGAAAUUCAGUUAUCGUCUACCCAAAGGUGGUUCCGUAGUGUUGAGCUUUCAAAGCAAGGUUCUUCACGGCUGUUGUCUGUGUAUGUCAAGAACUUAUUGAUACCGUGCUUACUAAUUUUAAUACCAAAUAGACUACAAUGGCCACUGGCAACUCGGAGAUGAACAUGUUUUUAGUCCACAGUAAAAAUAGUCUGUGCAUCAACAGUUGCAUUUCGGGUACCUCGGCACCUGAGUCCAAAGUUGAUAAUGCAGGCGAUGACAGCGCGCGUUCCGAGGUGGCUGCAUCCUAUUCUAGCAGUACUCUGUGGUCUCUCAACCGCGCUGCUCGAUGCUACUCUAGAUCUCCCAAUAACACUGUUGCUAUUGUUGACGAUCGACUUGGUCUUUCUAUUUUACAUGUCAAGACCGAUGGUUCUUCUGAAUUUGCCUUUGACACUUUGCGCGGUGUAGGCAAGUUCCGCAACCUGUACACGCCCAUCGGGUGCAAGAACAUUAGGUACCUACAGUGGUCCGACAAUGGCGUAUACCUGGUGAUAUACUUUAACCUAAGCAACUGUGCCAAGGAGCCCGGUAUAGCCGUUGACGAGAAUUUGCACAUUUGGGAUAUUACACAACAAUGCAUUGUGGGCAGUUUUUGCACGCGCCGUAUGUCGCCUGAGCAGUGGCCUAUUAUCAAGUGGGUUGGUCCCAGCGAUAAUUUCGUUUACUGCUAUGGCCAGCAGGUAUCCCUCUAUGCAAUCACUUCCCCAGAGGGUACAUAUUUAAAGACCACCCGCCUGCUGCUGUCAAUACCUAUCCCGCGGGUGUUCUCAGUUGAAGUGUUUUACCACGAGAAUGAAGCAAGUCUGUUGGACGGCAUGGUACCGAGUUCUGAUGACGAGGGCACCUUGGUACACGCUGUAACUGAAUCUGUAGCUACAAUGUCGCUGCAGACAGCGCCUGGCUUGUCUAGUGACAGUGACACUCCAGGGACACAACUGGAUAGUGCCAUCAAGGGAUACAUAUCCAUUGCGGCGUACACCAAGGCUGACAUUGCAAACCAGGUGUCAGGAAACUUGAGAAUAUGUACCAUCAGGUGCAUGGGUGGCGAUAUGUUUCGAGUGUCGUCAUACGACCACGAGUUGAAGACGGAGGAUUAUGCCGAUAUGCUGUGGUCGCCAUCCGGCAAGUACCUACUUGUGCUAGGGCAGUCUACAGUGGACCUAGCAGGCGAGAAGUACGGCUCCACGUCUAACUGUUUGUUGUACCGGGCUACAGGAGCAUUCAUAUGCCGUGUAAACACCAACACUAUCCACGACGCCCGUUGGUGCCCUACGCGGGAUGAAUUCAUACUCAUGGAAGGUAAUAUGCCAUGUGAUAUAACGCUAUACAAUACCGAUUGCAUACGUCUAUUCGAGUUCCCGAAGAUGUAUCGCAACACAAUCAAGUGGAACCCGCUGGGCAACAUGGUAGCCCUAUGCGGUUUCGGCAACCUCGCGGGUGAAAUUUGCUUCUGGUACCGCAAAGAUAACGGGGAAUAUGAACAGAUCGUGCAGUUUAAGGAGCCGUGUACCGUAAUAUCGGAAUGGUCGUACGACGCGCGGUACUUCAUCACUGCCUCUACGUUCCCGCGCAUGAAGGUUGACAAUUGCAUAAAGAUAUUCAGCCACGAGGCUGAUUUACUAGAUAGCAAGACUUUCGACGAGUGCUAUGGCGUCUGCUGGAUUAAGACACCGGAGACCAGUUGGUCGUUCGUGCGCCCUCGAGUGCGCAAAAGCGCAGGUCGUAAAGCUGUAUACAGGCCUAAAAUACUACCAAAGGACGAUAUGCAGCGCCGUGUGAGCGAUGUGAAGGAUGUGGAUCCAGAUAAGCUGUCCAGGAAUGUUGACCCAGGCUCUUGGAACGUCUCACCGGCACUGGCCUCGGCCAAUGCCCACACCAUGCGAGAUAACGGUUACCGCGGGUCGCUAUUCUCAAACGACUACGGAGAUAAGAACGACCCGAAUGUGGAUUUGCUAGACGCAUUCCGCCAUGUAUUCUCCCUGCAGCAAAAUGGACACGUUAGUACCCAGCUGGUGCCUACUGAACCCCCGGUACCGCAUUUCAACAACCGGGUUCCUGUAGAACCCAUGGUCAGUGAAAAGCCACCAGAUCGCAGAACGUCAGCCAGUGCCCGUGGUACUGGAGUUAAAAUGCCACCGGAGGACGCUGCCAAAAGCUUGUCUAUGCUGAUGCACCUCAAGAAGCAGAUGCAAGGAGAAAAGUCAAAACCACUUCAGCAAACUAUUUUGGACGAGGUGCAGCUGCUUAAGCUGCUCCUGGAGGCCAAAAACAGGUCUGUAAACCGCACUCGCGUUGAAUAGCUUUGUGAAUAUCCUAGUGUGUGGAAGUAUAUAGGGUUU